AUGGGGAUGUCGGAAAAAGCAAUUCCGGCGAAUAUUGGCAUGGAUGAACUUCUGCGGCUGCAGUGCCAUUUGAACGAUCUGUUGACAGGCGCGAGUGAGUCAGCCACAACCCACCAGCUGGCCUUGAAUGAAGUGAUGGUGGCAUGUAAAGAUCUGUUAGAGUUGCUCCCAGGUCCCCAAUCGGACUGCAGCAGGCCAUCCACCCCCGGGCGUUCUCAGGACAAUUCUUGUCACGCCGCAUUAGACCCACUGAGGAUAAACUACAUUGCUGUAUUGCAGGUAGCUACGUCUUAUGCAUAUGUGCUACAGCUGCUCGAUCUCGCAGUUGAUAAUCUCAAGCCCCAAGCUGGGAACUUGGCGCUUGUCAGCCCGGGCAUUUUCAAUCUUGAGUCACCACCGGCAAUAAGAACUUCCGUGAGGGCUUACAUGGUUUUCAACAUGGUUCAUCAACUGCGCGACGCUAUCAACCUGCUGACACCUGAACACAAGGGAAUACCGUCACCCCAUGUAUCACCCAUAGGCAUGUUGCAAAUAGCCACUACGACAAAUUCCAUGCAAGCUGCCGUGUAUAUGGUGCAUGAGAUGGAGACGUCGUUACUUGAGAAGUUAUCACAAGUUAUGAACAGUCCAUAG